CUCUCAGAGCCUUUCUAAUCGCUCAAACACUAAUAUCGAGAACAAUCCAAGCCUUUUCAAAGAAGGUGUUUCUGGAUGGGAGACAAGGCGGCAUGCUCUAGAUAUCGAGUUAUAUAUUGAGAUCAGCCAGUAAACAAUCGCACCCCCUUUUUGUAUCUGCAGUAUGCAUAGCACACUUCCCGAACUAGUGAAUGCCAUAUUUACUUUUCAGUACAACCAGGAAUUGCCUUUACCUAGGUAGCAAGAAAGCCAAAUCACCAUGCUAUUGGCAGCAUAAAUUACAGGUGCGAGCUAGCAACUGAGCUAAAAGCACGUUCCAGAAGUCAAGAUACUGUAGCCGAAAGGAUCUAUGACGCUAACUCCGGCAACAUUUUCAUUCCCCGAUCAUCGGCCACCUCAGGUUAUCAACUUAAACUCAGAACAACCUCAAGAAUGAGGAAUUACAGAUGUCUAGAUCACUUUCUUCUGUCACGUCACUAGCAAUCACAAAUCCUCUCGUUUUAUAUCGAUCCCUUCUCCAGACCAAGCAGAUAGCCCCUGAUCCGGCACAAUAUCGACUAGCUCUUCAAUUACAGAAAUUAUAUACGAAUCUUCUCGAUUAUUCUCCACAAAUUCAAUAUGGAGCUCGACUCAAAGAAAUCAAUCGUGUGGUUGAGCAUACCAUGGAGAAGGAUGACCGGGUGCUCGCAGUUGCUGGUCACCCACUGAGACGCAACCCUUUAUUCUCUCAUUUGUUUUCUGACAGCAAGCGAGAUACACUCGCUUUAACGCGAGUACUGACGAGUCAUGAAACGGCAAUAAAUCUGGACUCUCCAAGAGGGUUGCUACUACAUGGAGAAGUCGGAACUGGGAAAAGCAUGAUGGUAGACCUGUUGGCGGAUUGUCUUCCCAACCAAAAGAAGAGAAGAUGGCAUUUCAACACUUUCAUGUUGGAGAUCCUUGCACGCCUGGAAUACCGUCGUAAAGAUGGAAGUCCAAAUCCAGAACAUUCCUUGAUUUGGUUGGCAAAAGACAUGAUAGAAACAUCCCCUAUCCUUUUCUUAGACGAGUUUCAAUUGCCAGACAGAACCGCAUCAAAGAUAUUAAGUAGUCUGUUGACAACUUUCUUUCAACUGGGUGGAGUUUUGAUUGCAUCAUCGAACCGUAUGCCAGAUGAGUUAUCCAAGGCUAGUGGCAUGGAUUUCACGACUCCCCCUGGAGGUGGGUUUAUGAGGAAAUGGCUUGGUUAUGGCGAAGGACGGACACCAACCAUGUAUCCAUCAAACAACGAGUACGCGGGUUUUGUAGAGGUCUUGAAGGCUCGGUGUGAAAUUUGGGACAUCCGAGGAGAUCGUGACUGGAGGAGGAGAGAUGCCGAGGAAGUUAUAAGUGUUGGAUCUGAAGCUUUGCGGCAAGAGUUGAUUGAGGAUGUUUUUGAAAGAGAGCAAGGUCGAACGGACCACUUAGCUGGUCAGUCAGAUUUACCAAUCGAGGAAUCCGAAAGCCAGGCGACAAAGUUACCUAGCAAAUAUUUCUUAAUGCCAUCUAGCGAGCGUUGGGAUGAGACAAUUGGGGGCGUUUUGAAUGUCAAAAGUGGUAGCCCGAUUCCUUGGGAAUCAUCAACUAUCUCAGUAUAUGGUCGGAAAGUUCCAGUCCCACGGCAUUUCGAAGGUAUCACUUUCUGGACAUUUCGAGAACUUUGCGAAUCAACAUUUGGCCCAGCCGAUUACAUCACACUAGCCUCGACCUUUCACACUCUCAUAUUAGACAAUGUCCCAGUCCUACAUCUUGCUCAAAAGAACGAGGCUAGGAGACUUAUCACUCUUCUAGAUGCUUUAUACGAAGCGCGUUGCAAGCUGGUCAUUCGAGCGGAAAGCGAUCCAGACUCCCUCUUCUUCCCAGAAAUAAGAACAACUUCAAACACCGGCGCAUCGACUGCUUCUCAACAAGAUAAAGAUGAUGACGGGGAUGCUGUAUAUCCCGAGACUCUUGCUGAGAUCUACCAGGAUCAAACUUCCCCAUUCAGACCAAACAUUUCGUCAUAUACAGAUGAUUCAAGAGUAGGAUAUGAUUCAGAUGAGGACUCGGACUUUGGCCCUGUUCCUGGGAAAGGAAACGAAAUUGGGCGUCAGGUUGACUUCGGAAAUACUAGUUCUAUUACUGGAGAAGACGAGAGGUUUGCGUAUAAACGAGCAAGCAGUAGACUUUGGGAGAUGUGUGGAGCGAGAUGGCAUGCGGGAUCUGAGCCUAAUGUAAGAAUUUCCCUUCACUUUAUAUCCGCUCCAAGCUUUAUUCUUUUCUUCAUUUUUCCAAUCUUACUUCUCGCUUAUGCCUAAUUCUUUCCUUCUUAUUUUUGAGCAAGAAGAAUCCUGCUCAAACAAACAAGUAUUUGACUUCUUGAUGUAUUUCCUCUACACUUCAUUCAAUAUCUAACAAAUUCCCAGUGGUGGAGACCUCUACCCCUCGAAGUCCGAAAAUGGGAACGCUCAGCAUCAGCGGCGAUUUCAAACCCUCCACAACCAAAUUCAGAAAGCGACGUCAAAAUCGGGACGUUCAUUGAAUUGGACGAACCUGCAGGACUUCGUGAUAAUAGAAAUCUGAAGGAAGAAGAGAGUCAGCCGAGGACUCCCUUUCGAGAGCCACGAGAUCCGCCCACGAAGAUUGGAUGGACUCAUGCGUGGGGGAUGGCGAAGUGGGGAAAGAAAGCUGGACCUUGGGGCCAGGGUGUUGAUGGAUUGGGAGAUAGAAAGAAGGGGAGUGAGAAGGGAGAUUGAGGGAAGAUAGAGCUUGAAAAGAGCUAGAAAGAUGUUAAUUGGUACCAUACGAAGCUUAGAAGCUUCGGUAGAUCCUUCAAAAUCGACUAAGUGAGAAGACCAAUCGAGAGGGUCUUUGAGUUCUGUGUUCAAAUACUUUACACCAAAUAGACAUCAUGAGUGCAUUCUGUACAAAUCACUGAUUAGAGCCAAGAGAGCAACAUUUUCCCUCUCAGAUCCAAAUUGCGAGAUGUCUAGUCACACUUUAUAGUUAUUGACAAGGGUACGAGUAGUACUGUAUGUAAGACAAGGGGUCGGGGUCCACAACUUAGCCUUCUAACCUCCAAUCCUCAGCCUCGUCAAUAUAAACUCAAUCGCAACAUCAUCACCACCACAUCCUUACACCACUCCCAAAAACCAAAAACAAUGUCAGCAAUCCCCUCAAUAGCCUGCAUAGGCAUACUCGGAAAAAACGUAUCUCUCCCUCCCCCUUCCCUACCCUACCCCCCCAAACCAACUAACACACACACCCAGAACAACCCCCUCCACAUAACCCUCUUCCCCUCCCACCCCCUCACCACACCCCUCCGGACCCCCGUCCAGUUCUCCCUCCUCCUCUCCAGCACCCUCGACAUUUUCGCCGCGCGCUCGAAAGUCAACAUCUCAGUCGGCGGCGGCCUAUCGGGCGAUUACGGACUCCUCCACGCGAUUGAUGAGCGCCUCGCCGCGUAUGGGUUCGAGACGAAUACGGGUGUGAAGUUUGUGGUGGUUGUGGAUAUGAGGGGACGGGGGAUUAGGGGGGGAGAAGUAGGGGAGAAGGUGGGUGGGGGAUUGGGGUUGAGGGAGGGCGAAAUGAAGAUUGUGAGUUUUUUUGUUUGGGGGAUGGGGAUUGGGGUGGGAUGGGAUAAAUUGGUGAUGAGGAGGGAGUAAUGCUAAUUGCUACAUAGGUCUUCCGACAACUACAAAAUGCCUACGUCCAUUUACUACAGAACCCCUUCUACAGUCCCGAUGAACAUAGUCCGCCUACCGGUCGAGGGGGGAAGAAAAUCACCAGUAGGAGGUUCGCAGAAGAUGUGAGGAGGAUUGGAGAGACUUGGAGACCUGGAGCUGGGAUCAAUUGAUGUUUUUUCAAACCGACAGAGGGUGACGAUUAGGGAUGAAUUGAAGAGGGAGUUCUGCGUUUAUGGCAUUGGCAUGGCGUUUUGAGCGAAGGGACGAGUAUAUGUUCCUAAUGCUUGCCCGAAUUAUGAUUAAUUUCGAAAAGUAUGUAUUAGGAUAUGUGAUAUUUUGGACUUCGGCUGAGAGCUGUUGGGUAAGUGCUAUUCCGUGAAUCGCUACCCACAAACUAUUAAAACUCUUCAGAUUUCCUCUCUCGCCUAAUCCAUCUCAGAAGAACAGAAAGAGCCCUACCUCUGCC